AUGGCCAAACCACUAAGCCUAAUCAAACUUCUUCUUGUGCAUUGCUUCUUCAUGUUCAUGUUCAUGUUCAUGCAAUGCUUAUCUUGUCCUGCUCAUCAAAAACAAUCCCUUCUCCACUUGAAAUCCUCCUUACUCGAAUUAUACGAAACUACAAACUCAACCAUAUUUGGCUUGGAGUCAUGGAACUCUAGUUCUGAUUGUUGUGCAUGGAACAGAGUUGUUUGUAGUUUGCAUUCGCGUGACAUCACAGCUUUACACCUUAACAUACUUCUUCCUCUCGACGACUAUAAUUAUGAUGUUCCUUUCGUUGAUGUAACAAUCUUAGACCCCAUUUAUAGCAUUAGAUCUUUAAUGCUACUUGACAUCUCGGAAAAUUAUAUGGUGGGGGAAAUUUCAGACACAGGUUUGGUGAAUCUCACCAGACUAGUUCACCUUAGCAUGAGCUCUAAUGACUUUGAAGGCUCGAUUCCAGCACAACUUUUCCACUUGAGGUCUUUGCAGUUUCUUGACAUCUCUGGGAAUUUGUUAGAGGGGGGAAUUUCGGGCAAAGGGUUGGCUAAUCUCACCAAAAUAAUUCACCUUGACAUCAGUCAAAAUCGAUUUUAUGGCUCAAUCCCAUCACAACUUUUCGACUUGAGGUAUCUGCAGUUUCUUGGUUUAAGUGCUAAUUCUUUAACGGGGGGUUUAAGCAGUGAAGUUGGCAAGCUUGGAAAUCUGAGGACAUUAAAGUUGGGAAAUAAUUUUCUUGAUGGGAAUAUUCCUAUGCAGAUUGGAAAUCUGACAGAGUUGCAGCAAUUUGUUGUCAAUGACAACAAAUUUUGGGGUCAGAUUCCAGAUACAAUUGGAAAGUUGAAGGGGUUGGAAAUUUUGGAUUUGGGUAAUAAUCAUUUCCAUAAGCAAAUUCCGAGUGCAAUUGGAAACCUGCUCAACAUUUCUACUUUGUCAUUGCAGAAUAACAGUUUCAAUGGUGUAAUCCCACCAUCAAUACGAAACUUGAGCAAAUUAGAAACACUUCACCUGGAAGAUAAUUUGCUUUCUGGGGAAAUCCCAUUGUGGUUAUUUGACAGAGAAAGUCUUAAAAUUUUGUAUCUUGGAGGAAACAGAUUGAUUUGGGAUAGCAAUGUCAAAUUAGUUCCCAAGUGUGUGCUCUCUAAACUCUCUCUCAGAUCGUGUCAAGUUUACGGAGACAUUCCAAAAUGGAUUUUCACUCAAAAGAAUCUUGAUGUUCUUGAACUGAGUGACAAUCACAUGACAGGAGAAUUCCCACUAUGGCUUGCUGAGAUGAAGAUUGAAAUUUUACUACUGUCACGGAACAAGCUUACUGGUUCAAUACCGUCUAGCCUUUUCCGAUCUACAAGGUUAUCACUUUUGGCACUUUCAGAAAACAAUUUUUCAGGAGAGUUGCCAAAAAACGUAGGUGAUGCUACUAACAUCAAGGCACUUAUGCUUUCUGCGAACAAUUUUUCAGGGGCCAUUCCAAAAUCCAUUGCAGAUAUACGUCCACUAUUGCUACUGGACUUGUCAAGAAACAGAUUCUCUGGCAACACACUCCCAGCCCUGAAUUCUGCACCCUUGCUUCAUUAUGUUGAUCUCUCCUCAAAUGAACUAUCAGGUGACGUUCCUGUGUCAUUUAGUCAUGGAAUCAGUAUUCUUGCCCUCGGAGAAAAUAAGUUCUCUGGCAAGUUGCCAAAGAAGCUGGCAGACAUGAAACAGCUUGUCCAUCUUGAUCUCCAUGACAACAACAUUACCGGUGUUUUCCCAGAAUUUCUCUCUUGUAUACCCACUCUUCAAGUCCUCAUUCUACGUAACAACUCUCUCCACGGUUCAUUGCCACCUAACUUAUUCGUGAACCAAAGCAAAAUCCUAAUUCUUGAUCUUUCAAGUAACAAUCUUGUUGGAAAUAUCCCGUCAGGGUUGGGAAAUCUAAUGGCGACGUUUACCACACUGUACGGUUAUCCAUAUGGGACAGGUGAUACCGGACUAUGGGUGAAUUGGGUUGCCGGUACUGUUACAAUGGUUAGUGACAUGUUGAGCUAUACAAUUGAAAUCAAUGACUUAAUGGUGACAUGGAAAAAGUCUGUACGAGGUAUUUCAAGUCAUAACCGCGGAAUCUACUCAUUGUUGGACUUGUCAAAUAAUAAGCUGUCAGGUGAUAUUCCAGCUUCAUUAGGAAAUCUCAGGAAUCUGAAACAACUCAACAUCUCCAACAACAGACUCUCCGGACACAUACCAGGAAGUCUCGGGGACUUGGAGAGUAUAGAGAGCAUGGACUUAUCAACGAACAAACUCUCUGGUACAAUUCCACAAUCAUUUGGAAAGCUAGAGCAACUCUCUGUACUAGAUGUCAGUAACAACAAACUAAGUGGUAAAAUUCCGCGAGGUAGACAGAUGGACAGAAUAAACAAUCCAAGUUAUUUCGCUAAUAAUAGUGGACUAUGUGGGAUGCAAAUCACGGUGAAAUGUUCAGGAGACGAGCCAAAACCAGGUGAUAAUGAUGACGACGACGACGUUGAUGAAAAAGAGCCCUGGUUCUUGUGGACAGGGCUGUGGAUCGGAUUCCCACUCGGCUUGAUUUCAUCAGUAUUAACAGCAUUUCUUGGUGGGUAUUUUGUUAUACCAACAACAAAGUACCACUCUAUUCAUUUCAGGCACAGAUGA